AUGCCGCACCGUAUCGAACUCAGUAAAACCAGCCGUGCUAGCUGCCAGAACAAGGAAUGCAAAGAUGCCAAGGAGAAAAUCCAGAAAGGCACCCUCCGCCUGGGAUCUUGGGUCGACAACGGAAAUUUCCAAAGCUGGUUCUGGCGCCAUUGGGGAUGUACCACUCCUCGUGUUAUUGAGAACCUCAAGAAAGAUUUGAUAGAAGCGCAUGGUGACGAGGGAAACUAUGAUGUUCUGGAUGGCUUCGUUGACCUCCCUGAGGAAGAUCAGGAAGUAGUCAAACUUGCCUUGGAAAAUGGCCAUGUUGAUGAUAGUGUUUGGAAGGGUGACAUUGAGAUGAAUCGCCCAGGUUGUCGUACUUUCCGGGUUCCAAAGCCUCGCACCCCAAAGAAGAAUGCAGGAGAGGAUGACGGUUCUGUCAAAGAUCCCGAGGAGACCAAACCUGCUAAAGGUCGAAAUAAGGCUGUCAAGGGGGAAGCCAGCUCUGAAGAUGAAAAGCUCCCCAAGAAAGCCGCUCCCAAGUCUGCCAGCAAGCAGGCCGUCAAGGCUGAGCCCGAUUCCGAGGAUGAGCAACUUUCCAAGAAAGCCACUCCCAAGUCUACCAACAAGAAGGCCGUCAAGGCUGAGCCUGAUUCCGAAGAUGAACAGCUCUCCAAGAAAGCCGCUCCCAAGCCUGUCAACAAGAAGGCUGUCAAGGCUGAGCCCCAUUCCGAGGAUGAGCAACUCUCCAAGACAGCUGUCUCCGAAACUGAUAGCAAGAAGGCUGUCAAGAAGGAGUCUGUGAAGGCCGAGGCUGACUCUGAAGAUAAAAAACCCCCCAAGAAAGCAGCUCCCAAAGCUGCCAGCAAAAAGGCUGCCUCCGCUAAAGCCGACAACGCUGCCGACUCCGAGCCUAAGAAGCGCGGACGUGUCGCCAAGACAGCUGCCCCAGCUGAAGAGAACCCGAACAGAUCUGCUAGGGUAUCAAAGCGCAAAGCUGCUGCCUUGGACGAAGACGAUGAGGAUAUAAAUGAAAUUAUUCCAGAGCCCAAGCGCCGUGGUAGAUCUGCCAAAGCCGCUAAGACCCAGGAUACUGAGCAAGACACCGCUGCUGUGAAGCCGAAGCCGAACUCAAAGGCCAAGAGUAUUGGGCGCAAAAAGGCAGACUCCCCCGAUGAGAACUGA